AUGCAAGGGAAAGUCAAGAGCACCGUCAUGGAGGUGGACGAGCGCGUCCACACCCUAACUGAGAGCUUUGAGCCCUUUGCGCCCGAAGCUCGCCCAGGCGAUCGGUUACUGGACUGCUAUGCAGACCAUCUCCACUUUGACGAGCAUGAUCCUGCCCAGGAUAGGCGACCAUAUCUCGAUGAGCUCAUUGUGAAAGCGAGGGCCGAUCCUUCAACAGUACUGGCUGCAACUGAUGGCUCUGUCCCUCAGUCCAACCAGUAUCAGGUGACUUCGGCUGCCAUCAUCUACAAGGGACAUCAUGAGCUUGAAAGGACUCGCUAUGUCUCUGGCAGAAUUACCGCCCCUGAUGCGGAACUCAAUGCCAUCUCGUGUGCAGUGCGCCUUGCUGUUAAGCAGGUGAACUGCCAACAUAUUAUGGCCUUUACUGACUCUAUGGGCUCGGCCCAUAGAGCAGUCGACCCCGGCAUGCACUCUGGUCAGGCUUUUAGCCUGUCAAUCUGUCACGUUCUCCAAGAGUGGUUUCAGGCGGAUGAUCUCCGCCACAUCACCUUUGUCUAUGUUCCAUCUGCUAUGUGGUGGGAUAUCCAUGGUGAGGCACACAAGUACAUCACCGAACUCAAAGUCAGGGUUGGACGUCACAAGACGGACAACUCUAUAGACGCGCUUCACUCUCGAGCUGCACACUCAGUCCUGGAUUCGUGGAAUUCCACUUUCCAGGAUCCAACUUAUCGAGGCUCUGAAUUCUUAGAGCUUCAACAGCCUGACGGGUGGCUGCUACAGCCAUUGUACCUCAAUGGGGGACCUUGGCUUUCAACCUUCGGACACAGUAUCACUGAGUUUGCUCGCGUUUGCCAGUGUAUAACUGGCCAUGCGCCCAUUGGAGCGUAUUAUCAUCGCUUCAAGAUUAAGAAGCCUCAUGGCUGCACUUGCGGGGCUGCUUUGCAGUCCCUAUUGGCUGCAACUGAUGGCUCUGUCCCUCAGUCCAACCAGUAUCAGGUGGCUUUGGCUGCUAUAAUCUACAAGGGACAUCGCGAGCUCGAGAGGACUCGCUAUGUCUCUGGCAGAGUUACCGCCCCAGAAGCGGAACUCAAUGCCAUCUCAUGCGCAGUGCGCCUUGCUGUCAAGCAGGCAAACUGCCAACAUAUUAUGGUCUUUACUGACUCUAUGAGCUCAGCCCAUAGAGCGGUUGACCCCGGCGUGCAUUCUGGUCAGGCUUUUAGUCUGUCAGUAUGUCGCGCUCUUCAAGAGUGGUUUGAGGCAGAUGAUCUCUGCCACAUUACCUUCGUCUACGUCCCAUCCGCUCUGCGGUGGGAUAUCCAUGGUGAAGCACACAAACACGCUACGCUCUCGAGCGGCGCACUCAGUCCUGGAUUUGUGGAGCAGGAUCCAACUUACCGAGGCUCUGAAUUUUUAGAGCUUCAACAGCCUGACGGGCGGCCGCUACAGCCAUCAUACCUCAAUGGGGGACCUUGGCUUUCAACAUUCGGACACAGUAUUACUGAGUUCGCCCGUGUUUGCCGGUGUAUAACUGGCCAUGCGCCCAUUGGAGCGUAUUACCGUCGCUUCAAGAUCAACGAGCCUCAUGGCUGCACUUGCGGGGCUGCUUUGCAGUCUCGCCAGCAUAUCCUCUUUCGCUGUCACGAUAGAUAUUCUGUACACUAUCCCCGUUUUCUCGGGGAUAUUGCAUCGUUUAUGAAGUACAACCCUAUGGCGUUUGGCUUCAACCGGGACCCGUCGGGUGUCGGAUAA